AUGUUUGCAAUAGGAAGCAAACAAAGGCCGAUCUGCCCAGCCAGCCGCCUCUCUAACCCGCGGUUCGGCGUCCCCACCCGCGCGUUCCUAGCACUCGUUGCUCAUCACGCAAGCGGCCAUUCUGGAGGAAACCCGAGGUCUACCGAGGCAAGCUCGGACCACAGCGAGGCCCCUAUCCUGGGGCCCCGUUACCCCUGGCUCCCUGGCCCCGGCCGUAGAGUCCAAACACUCCGCUCCCAAACACUGGCGUAUGUGCGCACGGUUCUGUACGAGGCACCAAGCCAAGCUUCAAAAUUCAGUAUUGUGGUACGGCGACUGUACGACAACUCAUGCAAUGACGAUAAGCCAGCCAGUAAGCCGAUAGCCAAUUAA